AGUGUUAAGAGCUCGGAGGUCGGAUUUGGUCGGAGACACAUCACACUGUCAACCUCAGGAUUUCGUAAUGUCAUCCGACCGAGCUCAAUCUGAGGAAGCUGGGAGUCAUGCUCCGGCUUCAGUACAAAGAGAAGAAACUAGCAGUAGAAGGCCCGAGACAGAGGGUCGAGGGGAGGAGGCAAAAAUAGCCUUCUUUCAAAUGAUGAAUGAAUGGUUUAAUCAAUACUUAAGAACUAACCCUGUAGUGCAGCAAGUUCAAGCUCUCCCUCCUGCUCCUCCACCGGUUCCCGAGAUCCCACAAGGUACAGUCUUGAAUCAUCGAAAAGGAAAGCUCCAAGAGAUAAAAUUGAAAAAUAUAAAGAAGAAUUUCGAGCAGCAGUUGAUGAUGAUUCCGAACGGGCUGAAUUCUGGUUAGAAAACACUACUCGGGUUCUGGAAGAAUUAUCUUGUACACCAGAAGAAUGUCUGAAAUGUGCCGUCUCACUGCUAAAAGAUACAGCUUACCAUUGGUGGAAUACUAAAGCUUCAGUUGUUCCGAAAGAAGAAAUUACAUGGGAAUUCUUUCAGACCGAGUUCAGAAAAAAAUAUAUCAGCCAGAGGUUCCUUGACCAGAAAAGAAAAGAAUUUCUUGAGCUAAAACAGGGCAAUAGAUCAGUAUCUGAAUAUGAAAGAGAAUUUGUUCGAUUGAGUAAAUAUGCUCGAGAAUGGGUACAGUCAGAAGCUGAAAUGUGCAAACGAUUCGAAGAAGGGUUGAAUGAAGACAUUAAGUUACUGAUCGAAAUUCUUGAAAUUCGAGAGUUUGCUACAUUGGCAGAGAGAGCUUAUAAAGCAGAAGAAUUGAGCAAAGAAAAGAAACAGGCUGAGAGGGAAGCUCGAAUUUUUAGUAAAAGACCGAUGGGAAAAUCCCAGUUUUCUGCUUCAAAGAAAUUGAAGAAAUAUCAGGAUCGUUCUACUUCAGCCAUUGGGUAUUCGGGCAAAGAGCGAGGUUCUCAACGCACUAAUCCAAGGCCUUCUACUCCAUCAGUGACCAGUGUUGGCAGUGUUGGCACUCCUAAACCGAGAUGCCAGUACUGUAAUAAAGCUCAUUUUGGUGAAUGCCGAUUUAAGAGUGGGGCUUGUUACCGAUGUGGUUCUUUUGACCAUUUCCUCAGAGAUUGUCCAGAAAGGGUUGAAAAAGAAGUUGAACAUAUAUCGAAGCCGAGUAAUCUAGUUUCGAGAGGCAGACCACCUCGACCAUCCGGUAAUGUUAGUGGUAGUCGAGGAGCUACAAAAGAUACUAUAGGUAGGCCUGAGGUACGAGCACCUGCUAGGACAUAUGCCAUUCGUGCCAGAGAAGAUGCUUCAAAGACCGAUGUUAUUAUGGUACAUUUUCUUUACUUGAUCUCGAUAUUCUGCAUUGAUUGAUCCCGGUUCUACGAUUCAUAUAUAUGUGUUAAACUUGCAAUUGUUAAAAUUUAUCUGUUGAACCUAUUGAAUUUGUGGUUAAAGUCUCGAACCCCCGGCGGUUUGUGUUGUGGAUAAAAUUUGUAAAAAUUGUCCACUGAUGGUAAGAGGUUAUUGUUUCCCGGCUGAUUUGAUGUUACUGCCAUUUGAUGAAUUUGACGUGAUAUUGGGUAUGGAUUGGUUAACCCAGCAUGAUGCGGUAGUAAAUUGUAAACAAAAAUAUAUUGUGCUAAAAUGUCAGAAUGGUGAGUUGCUCCGGGUUAAAUUUGAUCAAACAGAGGGGUUAUCUGAUAUGAUUUCGAUAAUGGCGCAUGAGGUAUGUCAAAAAGGGGUAUGAUGCUUACUUGGCUUAUGUACUCGACACCAAGGUAUCUGAGUCAAAGAUACAGGUAGUUCCAGUGGUAUGUGAAUUUUCCGAUGUGUUUCCAGAAGAAUUACCAGGAUUGCCACCAGAAAGAGAAGUGGAAUUUUCUAUAGAUUUGAUUCCGGGAACUACUCCGAUCUCCAUAGCUCCGUACCGGAUGGCUCCUAUAGAAUUAAAAGAGUUAAAGACACAGUUGCAAGAGCUUGUUGUGGGGUUUUGUUCGACCGAGUCAUUCACCUUGGGGUGCUCCGUUCUAUUUGUGAAAAAGAAAGAUGGGUCUUUGAGAUUGUGUAUCGACUACCGCGACUUAAUAAAGUAACCAUAAAGAAUAAGUAUCCGUUACCCCGGAUUGAUGAUUUAUUUUAUCAGCUGAAAGGUGCUACUAUGUUUUCAAAGAUUGAUCUUCGAUCAGGUUAUUAUCAGUUACGGGUAAAGGAGUCAGAUGUGUCAAAAAUAGCCUUUAGAACUAGGUACGGGUAUUAUGAGUUUUUAGUUAUGCCGUUUGGGCUAACUAAUGCACCUGCAGUAUUCAUGGAUUUGAUGAACCGGAUAUUCAGACCGUACUUAGACAGAUUUGUAGUAGUAUUCAUUGAUGAUAUUUUGGUUUAUUCUCGGGAUGAAGAAGAACAUGCAGAACAUUUGAGAAUUGUGUUGCAAAUUCUACGAGAGAAGCAGUUGUAUGCUAAAUUCAGUAAAUGUGAAUUUUGGCUUCGAGAAGUGGGUUUUCUUGGACACAUUGUAUCUGCCGAAGGCAUCAGGGUAGAUCCAAGUAAAAACUCAGCUAUUGUCAAUUGGAGUCCACCAAGAAUGUAUCCGAAGUUAGAAGUUUCUUGGGUUUAUUUGGUUAUUAUCGGAGAUUUGUACAGGGAUUCUCUAUGAUAGCUUCUCCAAUGACUCGAUUAUUGCAGAAAGAUGUAAAGUUCGAGUAGACUGAUGAAUGUCAACAAAGUUUCAACCGAUUGAAAGACCUAUUAACGAAAGCACCUAUAUUAGUGCAGCCUGAACCGGGUAAGGAAUUUGUUAUUUACAGUGAUGCCUCAUUAAAUGGUUUAGGUUGUGUUUUGAUGCAAGAAGGUAAAGUAAUAGCCUAUGCUUCAAGACAACUUAAACCACAUGAAAGAAAUUACCCAAUACAUGAUCUUGAAUUAGCUGCUAUUGUAUUUAUACCAAGAUAUGGCGGCAUUACUUGUACGGUGAGAAAUGUCAUAUUUAUAUUGAUCAUAAAAGCUUGAAAUAUUUGAUGACAUAGAAAGAUUUGAAUUUGAGACAGCGCAGGUGGCUUGAACUGAUAAAGGACUAUGAUUUGAUUAUUGAUUACCAUCCGGGUAAGGCUAAUGUUGUAGCUGAUGCUUUGAGCCGAAAAUCUCUGUUUGCUUUACGAGCUAUGAAUACCCGGUUAUCAUUGACUGAUGAUGGUUCAAUCCUAGCUGAAUUGAGAGCUAAACCGACAUUUUUACAACAAAUAUGUGAAGCUCAGAAGAAUGAUGAGAAGUUCUGAGUUAAACGGACACAAGUGUGAGUCGGUAAUGAUUCGAAUUUGAUUGGUUCGAUGAUUGUUUAUUAUUCGAGGUAGGGUAUGUGUACCUCGUAAUUGAGCUCAUCUGAGAAGAUUCUACGCGAGGCCCACGUAGUACUAUGUCCGUACAUCCGGGAGUAAUAAAAUGUAUAAUGAUAUGAAAAAGAUGUCUUGGUGGUCGGGAAUGAAACGUGAUAUCUCUGAGUUUGUAUCAAGGUGUUUAAUAUGUCAACAAGUUAAAGCUGAACAUCAGGUACCUUCGGGGUUACUUCAGCCAAUUACUAUACCGGAAUGGAAAUGGGAAAGAAUCACUAUGGAUUUUGUAUCGGGGCUACCUUUGUCUCCGAGGAAAAAAGAUGCUAUUUGGGUGAUUGUUGACCGAUUAACAAAGUCAGCUCACUUUAUUCCGGUACGUAUGGAUUAUUCUUUAGAUAAACUAGCUGAACUAUACAUAUCUGAGAUUGUCAGGUUACAUGGAGUGUCUGUCUCCAUUAUAUCAGAUAGAGAUCCCCGAUUUACGUCUCGUUUCUGGGACAAAUUGCAAGAAGCCUUGGGUACUCAGUUGUAUUUCAGCACUGCAUUUCAUCCUCGCAUGGAUGGUCAAUCUGAGCGUGUAAUUCAAGUAUUGGAAGAUAUGCUCCGAUGUUGUAUACUAGAGUUUGAAGGUAAUUGGGAGAGGUAUCUACCUUUGAUUGAAUUUGCUUACAAUAACAAUUAUCAGUCUAGUAUUAAAAUGGCUCCGUAUGAAGCUUUGUAUGGUAGAAAAUGUAGAACACCGUUAUAUUGGACAGAGCUCAGUGAAAGGAAGAUACAUGGGGUUGAUUUGAUCCGGGAAACAGAAGAAAAAGUAAAGGUUAUUCGAGAUAGUCUAAAAGCAGCUUCCGAUCGUCAAAAAUCAUAUGCCGACCUUAAGCGAAAAGAGAUUGAAUUUCAAGUCGGUGACAAGGUAUUUCUGAAAGUGUCUCCUUGGAAGAAAGUUCUUUGAUUUGGUUGAAAAGGUAAAUUGAGUCCAAGAUUUAUCAGGCCCUAUGAAAUCAUAGAAAGAAUUGGACCGGUCGCUUAUCGAUUGGCAUUACCAUCAGAACUUGAUAGAAUCCAUAAUGUUUUUCAUGUAUCUAUGUUACGACGAUAUCGAUCAGAUCCUUCACAUGUUAUUUCUCCGAUAGAAGUAGAGAUUCAACCGGAUAUGACUUACAGUGAAGAACCGGUCAAGAUAUUGGCACGGGAGACAAAAGAGCUUAGAAAUAAAAAGAUAAAUUUGGUGAAAGUAUUGUGGCAAAAGCACGGGAUUGAGGAAGCAACAUGGGAACCGGAGGAGGCAAUGAGGAAACAAUACCCAAACCUCUUUACUGGUAAGAUUUUCGAGGACGAAAAUCCUUAAAAGGGGGGGAGAGUUGUAAUGGCCUAAAUUCAAGGUUAUCGGAACAAUGGUUUCGUAACCAUAGAUCCGAUUUAAAGAGAAAUUUAUUUCAAUAUUUUUGCUUGAAAA